AUGAGUCUGCUUCCCCCCGAGGACGAAGGUGACGGAAUCGAGGUUGCGUGGGAGGACCAGCAGCGCAUCAACGCGUUCUCAAAGUUCAACACAAGGCUCGUGGACAUCCAGGACCAGCUCAAGGCAAAGAUGGAGGAGAAGGAGUACUACGACGACCUCCAGAUGGAGCUCGAACUUGCCGACGACGCCGACCCCGUCCUCUACAAGCUCGGAGAAGCAUUCUUCUCCCUGUCCUUGCCAGCGGCCAAGAAGCAACUGCGAAAGGACACCAAACGCUAUGACAGCGAGAUUGCCGGGUUGAGGGUUAAAGCAGACGAGUGCGAGACGGGCAUGAAGGAGUUGAAAGUGCAACUAUACGCAAAGUUUGGCAAGCAGAUCAACCUCGAGACCGGACCCGAGAUCUAG